AUGAGAUAUGAAAUUAAUUUGGAAACAAUGUUGUUGGAUAUUGACUAUAUUUACAGAAAGGACAUAAAAAGAAGAUCCCAACUAUUUGUGUUUAGAAAAUCUUAUAAUACUUAACUUUCAAAUUUUUUUUUUUGUUUCUACAUAGACUUCAAGGUUUUCAUUAAUAAUUUUGCAAAUUUUGUACCAAAAUAAAAAAUCUGUUAAUUAUUUAAUUUCCUUAUUAAUUUUAUGACUAAAUAAUUUGAAGAGUAAGUAAUCAUAAGUACAAUAAUUAAGAAGACUUAAGUUUAUAUAUUAGUUAAAAUAUCUGCAUUUACCUCAUAGAAUAAUAAUUUCCCUUAAGAUUCCAAAUAUUAAUCAUUCAUAAAUUAUGUAAAUAAUUAAUCAAUUUUAACUAUUUCUAAAAUAGGUUGCAUAGAUAUCAAAUUACUUGAUUCAAAGUAAAUAAAUAAAUUAAGAGGAAAAAUUACAUUAAUAAAUCUAAGGUAGGAUUAUUAUUGAAGCAUUUCAAGUAUUUCUUAAAUUAAUAAUUAGCCGCAAAUUAUCAAUAUGAGUAUCACUGAGCCUCCCAUUGAAAUCAUUGUGUAUUUAGCUACUUUUUAGAGGUAAAUGGCAUUCUAUUUUUAUUCAUCAUUAAGGUAUUAUGGAAGAUUAAGUUUUAUUUAAUUUAUUUAAUUAGCAAGUGGAACAUCAUGAU